GGUACGGUUCGGGACUAACAUCUAUGCGCCAAACAAUCGCCAUUUGUGAUUUGCGGUUAGGGUCAUUUCAGUCAUCUUCCUCGUACUGUAAAACUAGUGAGUUGGAAAGGCCUGCAGAUUUCCCUCCCAUGGAGAGGAGAGAAAGAUUACAGAGAGAAGCUGAUGAGGCUCUCAAGCUUCUUGAAAAAAGAGUCUCUUCAUUAGAGCGAGCUACUUAUGAGUAUCUAAGAGGGAAGAUAUUGGAUGUAUUUCCUGAACAUUGUAAGGAAGUAGAAGAUCAUCUGUCAACAGCUAUUACAUUGAAUUCUUUUAUCCAAGAUGCAUGGCUCUGCUUAGACAUCCUAGGCAAUUCAUACUUUGUCAGCUUUUCUGUUGGUGGAUCCCAGGAUGAGGAAAAACUGAAGUAUGCAUUGAAAGCUUACGCAAAUGAUGAGAAGGAUGAAAGCUUGAAGAUCAAUUCAGAUCUUCACUUCAACAAGGCCAUUUUGAACAAGUUAACAGAGAAGUAUGAUGCUGCUCUCCGUGGAUUUGAAGCUGCUGCUUUACAGAAUCCUAGUCUCAACACUGACAAGAUUAUUGAAAAGAUUAUCAAGAUUCUUGACAAGCUGAAUGAUUCUGUAACUAACAAGGGCCAUCUCAAGCCACGAUGGAUUGCCUCAAUAGUAGAAGCGCUGCGUAAGACUACCGUGAAUAUCCCAUACAAGAUGGCUACAUUAAACCUCUUGAGGGAUGGGAGGAAUAAUGGCAUGGCAGUAUUGGGAAAAGUGAUGGUCUUCAUUCGGUUUCCCUUUACUUCCCUCCCAUACUUUUUGCUGUGUGAUUCGGAUGGGACAUUCUUCAUUAUCCCAUUGUAUGCACUAUCUAGCAACGGGGUGAGGCUAGAUUCAACGAAUGCUAUAUUUCACAUUUAUGAGGUUAUGAAUGGAGCCACCGUGAGACUGCUCGAUCCUAAUUGUAGAGUAAUUGAUUUUUCUUGGAAGGGCAAGAAAUACGACUUCAAAAGCAUACGGGUGGAUAGGUUGGGGAAUAUUCUUGUGAAUGGAAGCCCACCACAUUCUGACCAUAAGCAGCCAAUGGCCUUCCAUGCACAUGCAUGAGUUACAGUAAUUUCUCAGGAGUUUGUGCAUUGUGAAUGUGAGCUACAUGAAGAAUUAGUCAAUUUUUGGUGUACAUAAGAAGAUACCAUGGCAAUUGUCACUUUGGAAUCACCAUAAAUGCAAUAUUUCACAAGAAUUA